AUGAGUGAUCCGAUAAGAGUGUUUGCGAGCUCUUUUAAUUGUGCGAAAGCAUUUCCAGUUCAAGAUAUCGAAGCACAAAAGUCGUUGAUCGAACAGUUAAUACCACAUAUAUCCCAUCACGAUGUAUACAUUUUAGGAUUUCAGGAAUUGGUUUCAAUCUGGGAAGGAUCUUUUCCCAAUGUAUGCUUACAAUACUUAAGAGGGGUAUCAAAAGUAGUUUUGGAAAGGAUAAAUACAGAUGAAUCGGUAUUCAAGUGUGUUGAUGUUAACUGUCUAGGAGGAAUGGGCAUCAUGGUGUUCUGCAGAAACGAAUAUGAGUUAAGUAACGUUACGAAAGGAAAUGUUCGAUGUGGGGCAUUUUAUUCAAGUUUGAAAGGUGCUACUGCCACUAAAUUUACUAUAAAACGUUCUGGUGUAGUUGAUACGAUUACCUGUUUAUCUUCUCACUUGGCAGCAAAUGAAGGCUUGAUAAAUUUGGAGAAGCGUAUCCAGGAUUACCAUGCUAUAAUGCAAUCCUUACGAGAACAGUUUGGUGAUAUAGACAGCACCAAUUUUAUAUUUAUUGGUGAUCUAAACUUUAGAUUGAACAAACGCUUUGGUGAUAUCAAUUAUAUGGAUCCAGACAUUAUUUCACAAUUACUAGAAGAAUGCGAUGAAUUGAAAGACGUUAUAAAAACAGGAAGAGCCUUUGAGAAUUUCAAGGAAGCAGAAAUUCUCUUCCCUCCAACAUUCAAAUACAAUGUCGCGGACAGCAAGGCUCUCCCACCUAUCGAUCCAUUAACGUACAAUUUUAAGCGUCAACCUUCUUGGUGUGACAGAAUACUCUAUUCUAACAACGAGAAGGCAACAACAUCUUUAUACAAAGCCAUUCCAAGAACCCCAGAAUUCCACUUUACCGAUCAUCAACCAGUUAUUUUAUCAAUAGAAUUACCGCAUAUCGAAGCGGUAUCAGACUUUGAGGCUGAGGAAAUUACUGAUACAGGUGAAGAAACUAACGAAUUAGAAAAGUUGUUACCGACGUCAUCAGUCAGUUCCCUUUCUCUUAGUUGUGGCAGAAUAGUGGAUUAUAUUAUGGGAUAUUCCGGUUGGUUAUAUUGUAAGCACCCUAAGUGGUUACUAGUUAUCAUAACUCUCUUCUCCAUCUACUGGUUAGCAUGA